AUGGAAAUCCAUCAGACAAUCGAUGAUUCUCUCACGAUUUUGUCUCAGGAUGAAAUGGAGGAUUGUUACUCAAAAAAUGCAGAGGAUGAAGAACACAGCAACGAUGCGAUCAAGUUCAAAUUAUACACAGAUAUUAACGAGAGCCAGUUAGAGAUUGAUAUAUUUAAUGAAGACGAAAUUGAAAACUUCCGAAAUGAGACACAGCCAGCCGACAAACCAAUGACUAGUCUUCAAAAGCUCUUUUAUCCAGAAUAUACAAGAAUCGGGUGUGCCUUCAAAGUUUGCACUUAUGGGAAAGACAAUGACAUUUUCAAUAAUUUGUGUUUUCUCGGAUUCAAAAAAACAGAAACUUUGUUGCCUUCUGCUUCCAAAUGCUCUGGAUUUUGCAAAGAAACUCCGCUCACUCAAACGAGUAGAACAUUCAAAUCAGAUAUUCUCAAUGUGUACAAUAAACGAAGAAGAGCAUUUUCUGAAACUGUUUCAGCUGGAAACAUGUAUAGAAUGGUAUGGGAUAAUUCACUUGAAUCUAAAGCAUCGAAACUUGUAAAACCAUGUGGAAAGAUAUCUCCAAACUCCACGAAUCAUGAUCAUAUUUUUUUGGAACCUGAUCUUCUUCCCAUUAUUCCAUCUGAACAAGGAAAACAAAUUGCUAGAAAAUAUAUUAGUUCUUUAGGAAGAUUUCAAAUCCAGAAAGAUUAUGAUAUUGGGUUAUACCUUCCCUAUCGGUGGAACCAUACUAAAAUCGGAUGCGCUCAUUCUCCAGCUCCAUGCAACCGAGUGAUAUGUAUAGUAGAGUCAGAUAAACUGUAA